UCAUCGUUAAAGGCAUCUCAAGAGCCGCUCCUCCGCCUCUAAGUUCUUUCACACUAUUCUGUCUCGGUGCCCAUACUGCUCUGAAAACAAAAGAGAGACUGAGGGAAACAUGGCGAGAAAUCUCCAUGUUGUGAUGCUUCCAUGGUCUGCCUUCGGGCACAUCAUACCGUUCUUUCAGCUGUCGAUUUCUUUAGCAAGGAACGGGGUCCGAGUCUCCUUUGUUUCAACUCCACGAAACAUUCAGAGACUCCCAGAACUCCCUCCAGACGUAUCUUCACUUGUUGAUCUUGUGGAACUUCCUCUGCCCCAGUUAGACGAAAAUCCUUUGCCCGAAGGUGCCGAGGCCACGGUCGACAUCUCGUUCGGGGAAAUCCAGUAUCUGAAGAUCGCGUAUGAUCAGCUAAAGCAGCCCUUCGAGCAGCUUAUUAUCAGUAAGUGUCCUGACUGGAUAUUCAUCGACCUUAUACCGCACUGGGUGAUCGAAAUUGCACAAAGGAAUGAGAUCCCCAUUGCCUUCUUCUCUGCGUACUCUGCUGCUGCAUUGGUUUUCGUUGGCCCACCAUAUAGCCUCUUCGAUGAUGGCGUGAAGAGGCUAAGGCCGUCUAGUGAGAGUGCGACAGUGCAGCCUCCAUGGGUGGACUUCCCGUCCUCCGUGGCUUUUCGAGGCUAUGAAGCGCCCCAUUUCUAUGCGGGAGCCUAUGGGAUGAAUGCAUCGGGAAUAUCUGAUGUUUGCCGGCUCGGCAAAAUACUUCAAUCCUGCGAUCUCGUGGCUUUUCGGAGCUGCACGGAAUAUGAAGGUCGGUACAUAGAAUUGUAUGAAAAACUGCUCCAUAAGAAGGUAAUACCAGUGGGCCUGCUGCCACCUGAAAGGCCCAAUGAGGGGGCGUCACGGGCCGAGAGCUUUCAAUGGCUCGACGGUCAGGAGCCGAAGUCCGUGGUCUUCGUAGGAUUCGGGAGCGAGUGCAAGCUCACGAAGGAGCAGGUCCACGAGAUAGCCCAUGGGCUUGAGCUAUCGGGCCUUCCCUUCCUCUGGGCCCUCAGGAGGCCCAUUUGGGCGGCCCACGAAGACGAUGUCCUUCCGGAAGGGUUCGUCAGGAGGACAUGCUCUAGGGGGAUGGUGUGCAUGGGGUGGGUCCCGCAGAUGGAGAUCUUGGCCCACCCAUCAAUUGGUGGCUCCCUGUUUCACUCCGGAUGGGGCUCUGUGAUAGAGACCCUUCAGUUCGGACACUGCCUCGUGCUUUUGCCUCUCAUCGUGGAUCAACCGCUUAAUGCGAGGUUGUUAGCCGAGAAAGGUUUAGCCGUUGAAGUCGAGAGGAAGGAAGACGGGUCUUUCACCGGAAACGAAAUCGCGUGCGCUAUCAGACUUGCUAUGGUGUCUGAGGAAGGGAAAGAGUUGAGGGCUAACGCGAGAGCUGCUGCGAAAAUAUUCGGAGAUUAUGAGCUGCACCGACAAUAUGCUACUAAAUUUGUGGAGUACCUAAAGGGUAACAUUAGGAAGAAGUUACAUUGAUAUUGGAUGGGCAAAGGUUCAUGUCCGGUCAGCGGCUAAAGCCCACAGGCACAAACAAAGCACGAAUUUUCUGGCGCAAUUUGUUUCCGUAUUUCCCAUGUGCAGUCUGCAACCAUCUCACACAUAUUUGCAGUGUGUAGCCAAUUCUAAGGGUCUUUUGUUUC